AUGGGCAAUUGUUUUAGGAGCCCCACUACUACAGAUAGAGUAGAAAGAAAUAAUACUAGAGGCAUAGUUAGUCAAAUAGAAGACAAUACCUUACAAGUGAACCCUAUACCAACCCCUCCUUCAGAAGUUGCCAGAGCUCCAGUGGUAAAUCCCACUGAGCCAGAGCAACCAAGUGCCCGUAUUUUUGUUGCUUUAUACGAAUACGACGCGAGAACUGAUGAAGAUCUUAGUUUUAGGAAAGGUGAACAUUUAGAAAUAUUAAAUGAUACACAAGGAGAUUGGUGGUUGGCAAGAAGUAAAAGAACAAGACAAGAGGGGUACAUUCCAUCAAACUAUGUGGCUAAGUUGAAAAGCAUUGAAGCAGAACCGUAA